AUGGACUCUCAAAAGAGUUCGAUGCUCAUCGACGCGACUGGGAUUCAUUUCUCCACCAAUACCUGUGCAUACGACGUUUCCAUCACCGUCAAAGACAUGUACGAGCAGUUGGAAAGUCUUUCGGACGAAGUAUGCGCCAAGUCCAUCUCUAGCAAGCGCUCCAUGGAAGAGUCUAGUUUCGAGCAAGUCCUGUUUCUCAAGGAUCAAUGCGGAAACGGCAUCAAACGAGCCCUCCGGACGUAUCCUACCCUCAGCGUUGGUGAUUCCGACUGCAUAGACACAGAAGUGGACUCAUCCACAGGCAAAUGGACUUUUCUGUGUACAUUCCCUGGUUCAGAUUCUGGAACUAGUAGGUGUCGAACCUCUGUAAACAAAGAGAUCGUUCGGUUCUUGUUCACGGAUCCUUUCGGCGAAGCCUGUCCUGACCUGUCGACGGUGGUGACCACUCUCGCAGCCACGGCUCAAGAUUUUCUCAAUGAGCAUUCCCUCAAAGAGGAGCUAUAUAAGCUACCUCUCAGUGAGACACAAAAGGGUCAAGUUGACGCCACCGUCAAAAAGUACGGCCAAUUAUGGAAUGUUCUCAAACAGGCCUUGGCCAAAAGUAUGGCGGGAACACUUGGCCAAGGUAGCAGCGCGCUGGAGCAAUACAUCAGCAUGUACAAUGAGUACCGAAGUUUCGAGGGCGACAUCUGCAACGACUUGCACGAUGGCGAUCUCCCACUCAACAUGAGCCUCCGAGCUGGUGUAACCACUAUCGACUCGAUUACGUCGCUGAAGGCAGCGCCGGGAAAACCCAAGCCAUUCAACAUCACCGUUCAAGACCCGACCCAAAUAGCUUGUUGUAAAAAUGGUAGCAAGUCUUCACUUAGUAGGCCCCAGGGAACCUGCUCGUAUCCAGCAAGCGCCAGCGUUGGGGAUUCAGACUGUGUUUGUGGACAGACUUCGGGCGGUGACCCCAUCGCGUUUCAGUACAUGGAGUGUGCCAACUUUGUGAGCCAGUGCUCGUCCGAUGAUGAUUGCGCAAAUGCGGGGUAUAAGAUGUACAAGUGUCUUACUGGAAGUUGCUGCGGAGGUGGUGUUUGCUUUGAUCCCUAUGCUUGUUCGCAGAAAGGGGUAAAUUUGAUUUAA